GGAAGCGGGAGAGAGAUUCACUUUCUUUCGUAAGGACGCAAUAUAGGUCAAUGUGUGGUUAUUGUUGGUUGAGCUCGUGAACAUUAAGAGCCUCCUUCUGAGGCUAGACUAGACGGUCGGAUUCUCGGAUUGUAAACAACACAAUCUAUCUUACGACUGUUCCAAGAGUUUAAUCGAAGAGUUGACGUUUAAUAAUGUGAAUAAGUGCGUUUUGGUGCGAUUGUAUUAUUUCGAAUACGUAGUAAUGAUUCACGGAAUGUGUUUGCAAAUUUAUUCGUUACUUGUUUAUUAUUAAUAAUAUGUGCUCGAAAUAUGCCAUCAUUUUUGGUAUUGUUUGGAUUCAUGUAGUCAGUUUUCCUAUCAUUGUUACCUCGCAAUCUUAUGACUUUUUUAAUGACUGGUCACCAUCAUUUUUCAAUCAUGAUACUGAGAAUAUAUUAUCCGCACCACACUAUCGAUUACCUCACUCAACGACACGAAAUCGUAGGCCGAUUCGACAGUUGAUUUUUCCAGAUUCACGAGAGACUACAAAUGAUUUUAAAUUCAGAAAUCCUACAAAUGUACAAUCAUUCAAUUCAGAUAGUCCCGAGCGAUCAUCAGACAAUAAUGGCAAUCAAUGGGCAUACAGUUUACCCCAUUCAUUGAUAAAUGUAACCGAUGAAGAAAAAAUAACAGAGUAUACGAGCGCAAGGAGGCCAAAACUAACUGUCGGAUUUGCCCAAGACUUAGGCAUACCUAAUGAAUCACCCAGCAUUCAAGGAUACAGUUUUACAGAUCCUGCUUUCGCUACAUACGCCGCUAAGACUGCUCCAGACCAAAGUUCUCGUGGAUUAUCUCCCGAAGCUAUUUCUAAAAUAACUGAAACUCUAGGCGCAAUAAAUACCGUUGGAAGAUACCUCGUUAAUUACACAAGAGGUGCUGCUUCACCUAGCGAUCUUUUUGCCAACAAUAAUGUCGUUGAUCAAGCAGCAACAGCUCAUGUUCCUAAACCGAACGAAGACUUACCUAAAGCAAUUUAUACUAUAAGUAAAAAUGUGCUCGGUCGUAACAUGACCGACACAAUAGCUCCAAUAGUCAAGGGUGCUUUACCACCCCUCGUAACUUUAACCUCUGGAAAAGUGGUUAUCCCCGAGUCGAGCGAAGGAAUCACUCGACCUUGUACGACACCGGACGGUAUUUACGGAAACUGUGAAGAUCUUAGCAACUGUCCGCAAUUACUUUUGAAUCUAAGUCAUCUACGACAGUCUAUUUGUUUCAAGAGUUUGUUCGUACCAGGUGUAUGCUGUCCUCGAAAAGCAAUCACUGAGACAGUAACAAAUGAUAAACCAAAACCUGAAGUGCAAGUAACAAGCCUGGCUACUACCACCAGAAGGCCUUUAAUUCUUACAACAAAUACCAAACCUCAGCUGAUCGCAGUACCAACAACACCCUAUCCUAUUACAAGUACAAGUGAAGAUUGUGGUCUUCCUCAAGUAGAAAAAUUCCGCGUGGUUGGAGGAGAUGAAUCAUUACCGGGUCGGUGGCCGUGGAUGGCAGCUAUAUUUUUGCACGGAAGUAGACGGACUGAAUUUUGGUGUGGAGGUGCUCUAAUAGGACCGAAACACAUUUUGACUGCGGCUCAUUGCACCAGAGAUUCUAGGCAAAGACCUUUCAACGCUCAUCAAUUUACUGUUAGACUCGGUGAUGUCGAUUUAAGAAGAGACGACGAACCAUCCUCUCCCGAAACUUAUUACGUAACCGACGUCAGAGCACAUCCAAGAUUUAGCAGAGUUGGCUUCUACAAUGAUAUCGCAGUUUUAGUUUUAGAUCGAAAAGUCAAAAAGAAUAAAUAUACCAUUCCAUUGUGCUUACCGUCAGUUUCCCUAAAAGCAGAAAAAUUUAUCGGCCAAAAACCUACUGUUGUUGGAUGGGGAACAACGUAUUACGGUGGAAAAGAAAGUACGGUACAAAGACAAGUUGAAUUACCUGUAUGGAAAAAUGAAGAUUGCGAUAAAACGUACUUUCAACCAAUAACCGAAAAUUUCAUUUGUGCUGGUUUAAAAGAAGGAGGCAAAGAUGCUUGCCAGGGCGAUUCUGGAGGACCAUUAAUGUUACGAAGAGAUGGACGUUGGGUUCAAAUUGGUAUUGUGUCAUUUGGUAAUAAAUGUGGAGAACCAGGCUAUCCUGGAGUGUAUACCAGAGUUACUCAGUAUUUAGAUUGGAUCCAGGAAAAUUUAGUAUGAAAACAACGUUCAUAUGUGCCAUUUGUUAUUGUCAUCUAGCACAUUUUACCUUUAACAACGCUGAUAAAAUGAAAAGCCUUUUUUUGAAGUAACUUAAAAAAAAACAUUAUUUAUAUUAUUGGCUACAAUUUUGAUGGGUUUUCUCAUAUUUAUGCCGCGUUUUAAAUCUUUCGAAUGAUUUCAAAAUAAACAAUUGGCUUUCUAAUUACUAAAAAUAAGGAAGAUUUUUAGUGUCUUGAAAAAGGCCUACAUUAGUAGUACCUCAACCGCUACGAAGAGUCAUACGUAGGCCUACCUUAUUUGAACUAUAUAAUAAUUUUGACAUAGGCUGUGUGCAAUUGCAAACUCUUUUUCUUUUUUUUAAAGUGUAUCUAUAGAAAACUAUUUAACAGAGCAUUCCAUAAAGUAAAAAAAAAUACUAUUAUAAUUUAAUAAAAAUACAUGAAACGAAAACAACUUUUUUUUUAGGUUUGUUAUUUGGGAAACUUUUAGUUGAGCAAAAAUACCUCGAGGAGAUGAAAAGACAUGCUGCGUGUUUUUCUCCUGUUUUGGUCUUUUUUCAAAUUUAUUCGAGUAGCUCUGACAAAAUAAAGCUACAAACGAAAUACUUGCUUUUUUUAAUCUUCUGGAGUUGAUUUACAUAGGUACCUUCCUACCAUCCUACUUACCUACCUACCUGUGUAUCUGCCUUCUGCAUAUUUUAUAAACAUAUUAAUUAAACCUAAAAUUAACAUUUUUGUACUUUUUUAAAAGAAGUUUCAUACAAUUUUUGAAAGUUUUUGCAUUUACGUGUAAUUGAAAAUACAUAUUUAUUUCGUCAAA